AUGUCAUCAAUAGGCGUAGGCGGCGAAAGAGUUGAAGACUUCUUUGAACUUAGAGGCGGUAGAGACGCUGGAGGCGGAGGAAACGGUGUAGACGGCGGAGGAGACGGUGUUGAUGGAGGAGAAGACAUUUUAGGACUUGAAGGAGAAGGAGAUUGUGUUGAUGGAAUUGACGGUGAUGGUGUUGACGACGCUGGAGUUGAUGGAGUUGGUGAUGACGGAGUUGAAGGAGGCGGUGUUGACGGAGAUGGUGAUGAUGGAGUUGACGGAAUAGACGGAGAAAUGGAAAUGGUAGGAGCAGAUCCGUUGCUAUAA